AUAAUGUUGACAUUAAGAGCGCUUACUGUCAGUGUCCAGGAGGGUAAGUGAGCUAGCUGGCAUUAUACAUUGAAAAGGUCUAAAGCUCGUAAUGAUGCUUGAAUUAAAGAGAAACAACCAGUUCCAAACUCCAUAAUGUUUCAGUGGAUCUUAGCCAAUAUUUAUACAUUUCUAAUAUCCAUGUAGACCUAUUCAUAAUACUGUGAAAGCAGUUAUUGAUGUUGCUCAUGUAUAAUGUUACAUGUACAAUGUUUGUUAUAAUAACCCUUUGUCUUGAAACAAAUAGUGUACAUGUAUUUUUCACAUAUUUCAGAUCUGAUGGAGCCUGCAGACAUAUAGCAGCAACACUUUUUGACAUUGAAGCUUUUGAGAAAAAGAGCGUCACUGAUGGCCCAUCCCUAUGGACCAAGCGACCAAGAAGUCAUGAUGAGCCUGUGCCACUGCGUCACCUAAAAGUCAAGAAAAUCAGCUAUGGACAAACACUAGCAGACACGAACAGUGACCUUGGACAGGAGAAUUUUGAUCCUCGACCAAUAAGUGACCGAGCAAAUCCAUCACUUGAACAGCUGGCCGAUUUUGCAGCCUCCCUGCACCAGGUUGAAAUGAGUUGAAUAUUCCCUAUUUCAGUCCACAACAUACAACAGUCAUUAUGUACCGGUAGUUAAAGCAUGAAAAUGUUAAG